AUGCGCGCGCGGGAAAACAAUUCAAACCCUAUUGCCCUUUCAAGAUUCGAAUGUGAUCGUUUCGUAAUUGCGAGGUAUGCACCGCGCGCGAUGCGUAACCCAGUCUCGUCGACCAUUGGAUCGAACGUCUCCCUCUUUUUGAUGAGUCUGGUUCUAUCAAAUUAUAUCCUUCAAACUCUUCGUCAAUCAUUGCAGAUCGGUGACAAUGGAAAGGUGGUCGGAAUCGAACACAUACCAGAGUUGGUAGAAUUAGCUAAGAAAAAUACUCGGAAGAAUCAUGCUGAUCUUCUUGACAGUGGGCGAGUACUCUUCGUUGAGGGUGAUGGACGUAGGGGGUAUGAGAUGGACCACAAGUAUGACGCUAUACAUGUUGGAGCUGCUGCAGAAACCAUACCCCAACCAGUAACUUUCCUUUUUUAUUUACUGAUCAGCAACCAUAUAAAUCCCAGACAAUGUUUUUCAUACUUCCAGGUUUUCCUACAAGUUGAUAAAGAUGAGAAUGGUGAAGUCACACAGAAGGUAAUCGAACACGUUAUCUACGUGCCGCUUACCAGUAAAAACCAUCAAUUGGGUCGCGAUUGA